CUGGCUGCGAGGGGGGAGGCCGGCAACAGUUUCCUUCAGCGCCCAGGAUGCAGCGAGCCAAGGAGGUGAUGAAGGCAUCAGAUGGCAGCCUCCUGGGGGACCCUGGACAUACACCACUGAACAAGAAGGAGGGCAUCAAAUGGCAGCGGCCGAGGUUCACCCGAAAGGCCUUGAUGCGGUGCUGUCUGGUCAAGUGGAUCCUGUCCAGUGCUGCCCCGCAGGGCUCAGACAGCAGUGACAGUGAGCUGGAGCUAUCCACAGUGCGCCAUCAGCCAGAGGGACUGGAUCAGCUGCAGGCACAGACCAAGUUCACCAAGAAGGAGUUGCAGUCUCUCUACAGGGGGUUCAAGAAUGAGUGUCCCACAGGCCUGGUGGAUGAAGACACCUUCAAACUCAUUUACUCACAGUUCUUUCCUCAGGGAGAUGCCACCACCUACGCACACUUCCUCUUCAAUGCCUUUGAUGCCGACGGGAAUGGGGCCAUCCACUUUGAGGACUUUGUGGUGGGCCUCUCCAUCCUGCUGCGGGGAACAGUCCAUGAAAAGCUCAAGUGGGCCUUCAAUCUCUAUGACAUUAACAAGGAUGGAUACAUCACCAAAGAGGAGAUGCUGGCCAUCAUGAAGUCCAUCUAUGACAUGAUGGGUCGUCACACCUACCCCAUCCUGCGGGAGGACGCGCCUCUGGAGCACGUGGAACGGUUCUUCCAGAAAAUGGACCGCAAUCAGGAUGGGGUGGUGACCAUUGACGAAUUCCUGGAGACCUGUCAGAAGGACGAGAACAUCAUGAGCUCUAUGCAGCUAUUUGAAAACGUGAUCUAG